AUGCAGCAGGGGUCCAAGAAGAAGAGGAGAGAGCUGGGGCAGAUGCAGAACGGGGAGCCCACAAGCCCGCAGGGUACGGAGGGUGCAGGGGAGGCGGCGGCCCAAGGGGUGCAGCCCUCGGCACCCCCACUCCCCUCCUCUCCCCCGCCACCCGCCAGACCGCCACCCUGCCCCAGACCCAAGCUCGUGUUCCACACCCAGCUGGCCCACGGCAGCCCCACGGGCUGCAUCCAGGGCUUCACCAACGUCCGGGAGCUGUACGCCAAGAUCGCAGAGGUGUUCAACAUCUCAGCAUCUGAGAUCCUGUUCUGUACUCUGAACUCACACAAGGUGGACAUGCAGAAGCUGCUAGGUGGGCAGAUUGGUCUGGAAGACUUCAUAUUCGCCCACGUGAGGGGAGAAACUAAAGAGGUGGAGGUCACAAAGACUGAGGAUGCACUGGGCCUGACCAUCACAGACAAUGGAGCGGGAUACGCUUUCAUCAAGAGGAUAAAGGAGGGCAGCACCAUUUACAGGAUGGACACAGUGAACGUGGGCGACCACAUAGAGGCCAUCAACGACCAGAGUAUUGUGGGCUGCCGGCAUUACGAGGUGGCCAAGAUGCUAAAGGAGCUGCCUAGAGGAGAUGCCUUCACACUUCGGUUGGUGGAGCCCAAGAAGGCCUUUGACAUGAUUGGCCAGAGGAUGAGGGCGCCCAAGUCCGGCGAGGGGAAGGUGACAAGUGGGAGGGAGACGCUCCGGCUGAGGUCCAAGGGGACCGUCUCUGUACAAGAAGCGCCCAACGAGCUCGAGGAGAGUGCCACAAAGAAAGUGGAUGACCUGCUGGAGAGUUACAUGGGCAUCCGGGACCUGGAGCUGGCAUGCACCAUUGUGGAGGCAGGCAAAGGCAAGCAGAACCCGGACGAUUUCGCCAAGGCUCUGGACUCUGUGAUAGGGGACUUCGGUUUCCCGGAUGUGUUCUUGUUCGAAGUGUGGGGCGCCAUCGGGGGAGUGAAGAGCGAACAAGGAUAGAGGUGGCGCUAUGCCCCUGGCUGUUCCUUUGUGACCAGUGUUAAAACGAUUGAGAGGACAGGUCUCCUAAUGUCAAUUCCCAAUGUCCACUCCCAGUGUUAACUCACCGUCACAAAAAUGAUUGCAUGGAAUAAUUCUUUUAUAACACAGAAUGCAUACCCAGGUAGUGCACAAGUGACAAACAACACAGUUUAGGACAACAGAGGAU